AGCUCGAGGCAGAGGGGCUUUACUCUCGCGACUCUGGAAUUAUGAACAGAGCUGGUCCGACCAGCACCUUGAUUUGAACGUUAUUCCCAGUGAUCUGAGACCAUGGAGUUCGGAACCCGCAUUUUCAUCGCAUUCCUCGUUUCCCAGGCUGUGUGCAUUAGAGCACAAGAAGAGGAAGACAAAAUUGACUGUAUACCAGGAUUUCAAGAGAAAGAAUACAGAGUGGAGUACAAUGGAGGGUUCCUCAAAGAUGUUCCUUUGCUGCAAGUGGUGCUCGAUGACUGUGCAGGAAACAAGAAUGUGGAGCUUGAAGUGUCAAACCCAGACUUCUUAAUAGACGAGAACCUCAAUCUGGUUCCAAGACGAGACGUGAUUGACAGUGGAGAUGUCAUGUUUAUUCAUGGUGUCAACAAGCAUGUUGAUGACAUGGCACAUGUGACCAUUAUAGGAGCGCCACCCAGAUCUCCUCAGACACUCAGGGAGAUCCUGGGUCUAUCAGACAUGAUGCCAUACAGGUCUAAAAGAUCCUUGUUGGUGCCCCCCAUGUUUGUCCCAGAGAACCAGCGAGCCCCUUUCCCCAGGUCUAUUGGAAAGGUGAUAUCAUCUGACAUGAAGGAAGACCACAUCUUCCGUCUGACAGGAAGGGGAGCGGAUCAAGAUCCAAAGGGCGUGUUCAGCAUUAACCGACUGACGGGAGAGGUGGCGGUUAGUCGAGCAUUGGACCGAGAGGCCAUUGCGUACUAUCAUCUCCAGGUAUCUACCACUGACCUAAGUGGUAAGCUGGUAGAGGGACCAGUGGACCUGGAUGUGUCUGUUAUUGACCAGAAUGAUAACAGACCGGUCUUCAAAGAGCCACGGUACUCUGGGGAAGUCCUGGAGGGCUCUCCCACAGGCACAACUGUGAUGACAAUGACGGCAUACGAUGCGGAUGAUCCUAACACUGACAAUGCUGUGCUGCGCUACAUCAUCAUGAGACAGUCACCUGAUAAACCUUCACCCAAUAUGUUCUACAUUGACCCAGAGAGGGGCGACAUUGUCACUGUGAUCUCACCCAACCUGCUCGAUAGAGAGACUCUCCCGACCACGCAGUAUGAGCUGGAGAUUGUGGCCAAGGACAUGGCAGGAAGUGAAGUGGGACUGACAGGAACUGCAACAGCUACCAUCACCAUCACAGACAGGAAUGACCACGCACCUGAGUUUACCCACUCAUUGUUCCAGGCUUCAGUAAACGAGGGCUCCACUGGGGUGGUCGUGAACCUGACGGUGGACGACAGAGAUGAUCCAGCCACAGGAGCUUGGAGAGCCAUAUACUCCAUCAUCAACGGAGAUCCCAACCAGAAUUUUGAAAUCCAGACCAACGUGGACAACAAUGAGGGCAUGCUAUUUGUGGUAAAGCCUCUGGACCAUGAAAGUGCAAUGUUUCACACUCUACUGAUAAAAGUAGAAAACGAAGACCCUCUGGUUCCUGACGUUGUGUACGGCCCCAGCUCUACGGCAACAGUUUACAUCACGGUUAUGGAUGUGAACGAAGGACCGGUGUUCUUCCCAGAUCCUCUGGUUGUCAUCAGGAGAGAGAACAUUCCCGUGGGCAGCUUUGUAGCCAUGCUCAACGCCACUGAUCCUGACUACCUCCAAUCUCAGAUUAUAAGGUUUGCUGUGUUGAGAGACCCGGCAGACUGGCUGAUCGUGAACCCAUUCAAAGGCAACGUCACCACCAGGGCCAUACUGGACCGCGAGUCACCCCACGUUCACAACAACCAGUACACUGCUCUCUUCAUUGCCACAGACAACGGCAGUCCACCCGCCACAGGUACAGGUACACUGGUAAUCACUUUGGAGGAUGAGAACGACAACGCCCCCUUCAUCUUCCCCUCAGUGGUGCGCAUGUGUGAGGACGCUAAAGACAUGAGCGUAGUGGUGAUCGGUGGACGAGACAAGGACAUUCCUCCUAAUACAGAUCCUUUCAAGUUCGAGCUUGGCAAACAGCCAGGCCUGGAGAAGACAUGGAAGAUCUCCAGGAUCAAUGACACUCACUCCCAGAUCAUGUUGCUGCACAGUCUUAAAAGGGCCAACUACAACCUGCCUCUGGUUCUGACCGACUCUGGCAUCCCUCCCAUUUCCAACAACACAGAGCUGAAAGUUCAGGUGUGCACCUGUAAGAAGAACAGAAUGGACUGCAGCAGUGCUGGCUCGGUCCAAACAAACCUCUCGCUGCUGCUUGGCCUGGUUCUGCUCUCCAUCCUCUGCUUGUAAAUUCUUUCUGUAGUCCUUUUGCAACACUGAAGAAAACCUUCUCUUCUCCACAUGUGAACAAGUCUGAAGAGAGAGAAGAGCUCUCCCCUCAAUACACAUUGCACCCUGUUCUCCUCUGUUUCUAAAUUUUGCUCUCCUCUUUUGGCCCUCUCUCUGUCUCCACCACUCCCCCAACCUUUUCACCGGGAACUCUGCCCCUCUGUCCUCUCCUCACUUGCACUGCACUUCCUGUCCUCUCAUUCUUCUGGAUUAUGUCAUGGAUGCCACCACCUCGAUGCUCUCUCUCACUGGAUAUGGAUAUAUUGGAUGGGGACAAAGCGAUUGGACAUUUUGAUGUACUUAAGUUUCCUCUGGUUCAAGACAACUGUAUUUGAUCUUGUUUACUAAUGUAAGGGAAGGACAGGAGGCCUGUUUAGUCUGCAGUGGUUGUGUUUUCUUAGGAAAGGGUAGUAUCCAGAAGCCUUUAAAUUCUAAAAAAUGUCUCUUGAGUCUCUAUUAGUUUUUGGUCCGAUUGCAUAGUUGUUAUGGUGUGGAACACGAUAUAUCUUUAUAGCAAUGUGUGAAAUGGUGUGGGGUGGGGGGUGGGGGGUAUGGGGGGUGUACACUAAAUAUAUUUUAUUUUUUACCAAUGUACAAAUAUAUUAAUUAACUUAUUUACUUUGACCGCAUAUUCUUUAUUGACCCCUCAUAGAACUGUAUGUUUUUGCAAAUUUUAGGGACUAUUUCUAAUGCUGUUGAUGGUUUUUCCAUUUUUUCAUUUAUAAGCUCCAGAUUUUGUGUGCAGUUCACUUGAAUCUUGAAACAGAUUCAAAGACAGAACCGAAUCAGUCUUGGGAUCCUUGUUUUUGAUGGUACGCCCUAAAUGAUUUGUUUUUUUGUUUUUUCCCCUUCCCCUUAAAUCGGUCAAAAAGCAAAGGAAGGCUAUUGAUUUAGUGUAUCUUUAUUUUAUUUUAAUUCUUUUUACUUUUUGCGCUUGUAAGAACACAAAAAAGAGACAAAAAAGGAUAAAUACAGGUGAAAACAUAGCAAAAGCAGAAUGUGUUUGUUGGUUUGUGUGAAUGACCCCAUAAGGUCUGAAAAUGCAAAGAAAAAGAUGACAUGGUGAAUGAGUUAUGUCUGUCUUUUGCACUAAUUUAAUAAAGCUGUUACUU